AUGGCCUCACAGACAUCCGGACCCCGGAGCUCCUCGGGCUCAAGCCAGUCUCAUACAUCACGAAGUGGCGUGCCUGGCAAACAAAUCUCGCAAAUCGAAACAAGUGUCACCCACCUCCUAGUUGCGACCAAGCAAUUGCUGGAGACUUUAACUCAAUGGUCUCGACAACAAGCUUCGGAAAACGAAGUCUCGGAUGUUUACGUACGCUUAGGAUAUGAAUUCAAUUUGGCAUGUCGCGCCUUCAGCGCCAUCGGAGUCGACACGUCAGACCUCGGCCCCGUACCUGACCUUCUACGGACUAUUCUUGAAGAUACUUUGAGUCAGGAUGCAUCGCCGCAGAGUUUGGAUAGAUACUUGCCUCGUAUACGUGACAUAAUCAUCAACCUUCUACAUGGACUGAAGAAAAAGCAAGCACGGUUACGCUCGCGCCAGACACGAGAUGAUAGCAAAGGAAUGCCACCAAGACAAGCCAGUGUCGGUAGUAUAGCUGGCAGUGAGGCCGGCCCGUCGCAAGCAUCCGAAGAAGGCUCACAGUCUCCCCAGAAACGACCUUCAUCCUCCCGUCGAUAUGGGAGCAAUGGCUCAUUAGAAGGUCAACCGCCGAUACCGCGCGAUCAUGCUGGUAGUUUCUCCGAACGUGAGGCAUCGAGAAGAGAGACUCAAAGAACGCUCACAUCACCAACAGCGGCGAUGCAGAGUCUACCCUCUCACCCUGGUUACCCGCACCCUGAUAAAUCUGCAGCACCUCCGUUUUCAACCCCUCCUCCUCCACCGCCGCCUCCAAAACAAGAUGAUGCCUUGGGAGCUUUGCAGAGAAGCGGGGAAUUGGAGAGGCGUGCCUCACGUCGAUUUUCAGCCUACCAGAUACAAAAGCAUCUCGGGACAUCUUCCAACGGUGUCCCAGUACUUCCUACGCAAACUACACCUUUACCUAAUAAAGGCCGCGAUGUGAGAGAAUCGUUGAAUGCUGUUCGCUUACGAGGGUCUUAUCAACACGGUCGUCAAAGGUCAGCGAACCGCCAAGAGACGUCACCCAAUAGGACCAUGUAUCAAGGCCGUUCUACGCCUACUAUUCCUGAAGAUGGGGAGUCAAGUCGCACAAAAUUACAGGUUGCCCCCAUCGCUGAAGCACCCACCAAUGACGACCAUGAUAGCCCUCUUGCCAAAACUCCAACGGACAAGCUUGGGCCUGUAGUGGAAGCACAGGACCGUGACAUCUCUAUUACUGACCCGUCAAUCACGUUUCCUCGGCCUGCUCAGGGCCCUCCUGUCGUUGGGGAACUUGAGCCCACAAAAAGCCAGUCCAGCGAUCCCGUACUUGCUACGACUAGGGCUGGUAACGAAUCUCCUACUGUACUUGACGUUUCUCAGUCACAACAGUUCAUACCUGAACAGUCGCCAUUUCCAGGCAAAGAGCUUACCUUGUUUCUACAAUAUAAGAGUAAGAUAAAGAAAUAUGUGAUUCCGGAGGGGUCUACAGGGUUAACGAUUGGGCGUCUUCAACUUGCAUUUAUUGAGAAGUUCGCUUGGAAUACUCAGCAGAACGGUGUUGAUCUCCCUGAAAUUUAUAUUCAAGAUCCUAUAUCUGGAGUACGGCAUGAGCUUGAGGAUUUGAACGACGUCAAAGAUCGGUCGGUUCUCGUGCUCAACGUUGAGGUUCUUGAUGAAGUCAAACGCCAUUUUGAUGAUGGAAUCGGAAGCAUUCGACGAUUAAUCGAAGGUGUGAAGGAUGCCGUCGAUGGUCAAGAAACUAUCAUCCAGCGCGUCUCGGAGAGACAGCUUGACAAUGCCAAAGAAAUGGCCCGGCUUACAGCCACCCCACAAAUACCAUUCUCACCAAACCCAAAUAAAUCCAGUGAACUGAAUUCCCUCUCGCUCAAAGACGGCAGUCGGGCCGCUGAGAUUCAGAGUCUACGGCGCGACAUUGCUGUCUUGCGUCAAACGUAUUCAAACUUCUCUUCCGAUAUUGCGGCGUCUAUGACCAAAAUCCGAGCCAAGGCGAGCAGUGUUAAAAGUGCAGCAGACACUGUAUCCACACCUUUUGAAGGCGAUGCAGGGCGUGCUCGCAUCAAUUCAGGCAAGAAAGACCUCGGUGAUGAAUCAGAAAGACUCGUUGGACGCGUGGAUGAUCUCCAAGACCUGGUCGAAGACUUGCGAAAGGAUGUCGUGUCACGUGGCGUGCGGCCGCUUCCCCGUCAACUGGAAGCUGUUAGCAAAAACAUCAGCACGGUCACGAAGGAAGUCAAGAAAAUGCAGGAAUUCCUCAAACGCGAAAAACCUAUCUGGACAAAGAUCUGGGAAAAGGAACUUCAACUUGUUUGUGAAGAGCGUGAUCAACUUACCAUGCAGGAAGAUUUGGCUGCAGAUCUUGAGGAUGACUUAGAAAAGGCUGCUCAGACAUUCGCUCUUGUUGAACAAGCUACCCGCCAGCAGAACGUGCAGACUCCAGAUGGCGUUCCGGUUCUGCGUAGUACGUCUCGUAAUCUCGCAAUCGACCAAGGAGUCGAUCCCAUAAAGGCGAAAGACGGUGUUCUUGGCGAAGUUCGGGCUCUUCAGCCGAACCACGAAUCCCGCAUAGAGGCCAUUGAACGUGCAGAGAAAGCGCGACAGCGCGAGCUAGAGUCUCGACGCGUUGGCCUUUUCCAAAAGGAAUUGGGACAAUUCGUGGAAGAAGGGAAACUGAAGAAGAGUGGAGGGUUUGAAGAGGCGGAGCGCUUACGCCGCGCCAAAGAUGACCGCAUUCGCAAGGAAGUAUGGGAGCGCCAACAAGCCAGGGCCGCAGAGUUAGAGCAAGCGCAAAAUGAAGGCACACAGGAGACGCCAUCAGAAGAGGUUAAUAGAACCGAUGAAACCCCAGAUGCAACUUCCGAGACAGACCAGAUUGAAUCUACGUCGCAGCCCGAUCAUGAGGCGGAAACCCCAUCGCCUAACGAAUCCGAAGAACCUGCAGCAGAAGAAAAAUCAGCUGAUUCUCCCACCAUAUAG